CUUUUCACAAAAAAACUUAAGUUUAUUUUUUAUCGUAAGUGAAAAUUUAAGAUGUUAGUCCUUUUCACAAAAAAACUUACGAGAUUCUUGCGUGUAAAAUUUGUCGUAACUUUACGAGAGCUUAUACCCUCACUUAAGUGUAAAAAAAAUACACGUAAGUUUAAUUUUUUGUCGUAAGAUUUGUUGAAAGAUAAAAUGGCUGCGUUUUUCGUCCUUUUCGAAAAUGAUCGGGCUUUGAGAAGAGAGAGAGUGUUCCGCGACAGAAUUGACCCGCUGGACAAGUUUACGGACUACGAAUUGAUUGCCAGGUACCGCUUUCCAAGACGGACGGUAUUAGAACUAACUGAUUUGAUCAGAAAUGCCGUACAACAUCCUACCUCUCGUUCUUGUGCCAUUCCUGCACAUACUCAAGCGUUCACAACCCUUCGCUUUCUAGCCAAAGGAGAGUAUUUAUCAGAAGUUGCAGAUAUACAUCGAAUAUCUAUCUCAUCCGCAUCACGGAUUAUCACCAACGUCACUUCUGCUUUAUGUCAGCUAUUAGAUAAUGUGAAAUUUCCAACUACAAAUGCGGACCUUGCAAAAGUGAAAGACGAGUUCUACCAGCUGGCAAACUUCCCGAAUGUUAUAGGGGCAAUUGAUGGUACCUUAAUACCCAUUCAAGGAAUGACAGGGGAUGAAGAGCCAAACUUCAUCUGCAGAAAAGGGUUUCCAGCUAUUAACGUCCAGGGUGUUGUCGAUGCUAAUCUUCGCUUCUCAAACAUUGUUGUGAGGUGGCCUGGAGCAACCCACGACUCCUUUGUUCUUGGAAACUCCUUACUGCCAAACAUAAUGGGACUAGUGAAUGGUUGGCUGUUAGGGGACUCUGGCUAUCCUCUCAAGAAAUGGCUCUUGACACCUUUUUUAGACCCAAGGACUCCCCAAGAGCAGAGGUACAACUCGGCCCAUUGCACAACUAGGAACACUGUUGAAAGGGCAUUUGGGGUGCUCAAGAGCAGAUUCAGAUGUAUCCACAAAACAGGAGGUAGCUUGCAGUUUGCACCAGAAAAAUGUAUUAAGAUCAUCGAGUGUUGUUUGAGACUCCAUAACAAGGCCAUAGAUGCAAGGAUCCCUAUGAAUGCUGGAAAUGGACCAAUGCAGCUUUAUCAAAACAAUAUUGUUUACCAAGGCGUUGAUAAUGAUGGGAUCGCUGUGCGGCAAAGAGUUGUUCAGAGGUUUUAAACUUUUAAUCGCCUUUCUUAAGGGACAUGAUUUGAACUGUAAUUGUAUUGUAUGAAUUGUAAUUACCGAUACAUACUUUGUGAUAUUGCUUACAUAUUCAUUGUACGGUAAUAAUAGACACUGAAAGGAUAAUUAUACCAGUAUUUCAUACAAAUGCAUGCAACAUUACUGUGAAAUAUACAUUUAUUGCAUGAUUGUGAGAGAAAUAUGAAGAUUUAUUCCCCCAUGGAAAAGCGUAUAUGAUAUAUGAUUUUCCAUGGGGGAAUAAAUCUUCAUAUUUCUCUCACAAUCAUGCAAUAAAUUGUUCAUUAUACCGAACGAUAGGUGAUAAUUAAGAUUACAAUAGUUUUUCAAUUCUAGUAAAGCAUUAAUGUAUUUAAUAGUUAAUGUUUACCAAUUUCUUUCUAUGUCAAGUUUCUGAUAUAUAAAGGAAUGAAAACAUUUUUCAAUAGAUUAAAUCAUUUAACUACAUCUAGUUAAUGCUCAUCAUCAGAAUUUUUCGUAAGUAUAGAAUGAAAAUUGAAGGGGGUAGAAUAUGAUGAAAACUGACGAUGAAAGGGAAAUAUGAAGUUUUAAUUAUUGUCCUGGCAAGUGAUUGUCUAGAACCAAUCAAAUGUCACAUUAUGUAGAAUAAUUAUAUUGAGUAUAAUAAUGUUUAUCAUUCCAUUUUUUGUUUACACAUUACACCAUAUUUCUUUGUCAGAUUGUAUGUCUUAAUUUUUGUCAGUUUUCUCUCUCUCUCUCUCUUUUCCCCUUCUCUCUCUCUCUCUCUCUCUCUCUCUCUCUCUCUCUCUCUCUCUCAGUAGUAGAUAUUAGAUUUAUCUAUAAAUGAUAAUUGUAAAGUUAGGCUGUGGCAUUGGAUUGUUGUUUAUUAUAAGGAAAAAAACUGACAAAUUCAUUAAAUCUUUAACAGCUUUAAUAAAAUACAUGUACUACUGUAACUAUUGACAAAUGUUUAUAACAAUAACAUGUACAUGUAGUUAGAACUAUGGUAAUAAACAAGGUUGUUUUUACUAACAAUUAAAUGUAGUGUUAAAGAUAUAAAAUGUGAAUGAUUUAUAAAAGUAAAAUUCAAAUUUGUUGCCCUAAAUGAUAAUUCAGUUUAUGUGAGGUGAUUGAAUUUAUUCAUAUGAUAAUUUCAUUGCAAGUGUUUUUCCUGUUUUGUAUUUAAAAUUUAUCACAAAAUAAAAAUUGUCAAUUUUUAUAGAGUGUUUGUCAAUUUUAAAUCUCAUUGAUACCAUCACUUUGAAAAAUUGUUGGUCCUGAGUGAACAAAAAAAUUGAACUGAAAUUAACUGACCAUACAAACAACACUACACUUAUUAGUAAUACAUACAUGUUUAAUAAUCAUAUAAAGAAAACACACCUGCUCUCUCUCUCUCUCUCUCUCUCAUUGAAAAAGGAAUGAAAUGUGAAUUAAGAUUGGGAUUAUAUAAUUAAAACCUUCAACAAUCAUGAGAUUGGUAUGUGUAGAGCAACAGAGUGUGCAUGAUGAUAGAAAUUUCUAUAUCAGCAACAUUCAAUUUAAUUUAAUUUAAAAAAAUCCAUUAUCUGUUUAUCAACAUGAAGAGUUAUUCAAAUAAACAUUAUACUAUUGAGUUGGUUUACAAACAAGCUUACAUACCAUAUGCUCCCAAUUACCUGACAAUGCUACCCAUAUUUAAUAGCAAGGUAGGCAUUACACACACAAAAUAAUUUGAAAAUUGUCAUAUAUUUCACCAAAAAAAAAUCAUUAGUAACAACUAAGAUAUAAUCAUCAGAGGGCACCUGCUCCAAAAACUUUAACUAGCUCUUAUAACCUUAAUCUCCUCCAGCAUACAAAAUCCUAUGGCUCAGAUUCAGCAUUCAUGCCUGUCAGGUGCAUCUGUUUCAUAAGAUGCAUCAUCCAUGCAAUUUGGUGAAGUUAGAACCAGUAAUAACUAAGAUAUAAUCAAAAUCCUAGCAAUAUGCACACCACUUAUAUAAGUUGAAUUGAUCUGCAAAAGAACAACUUCCUAUCUUGAGAACUGUAGGAGGAGUUAUCUGUACAAUGAGGGUACCCUAUAUGCAAUAUUUUGCCAAAAGAUGACUAAGUUCAUUGGCGUCGGAAGCAAACUGAAAGUGGGGAGGGGGGGG